AUGAAUCAACACUCGCAGCCAAGGACAGAGGCGGAUGCCACAAACGACACACCUGUAGCAUAUGUGGCAGGGACAGUAUAUGGAGUUGCGCCAGUAGGAGUCAUCUUUCCUGCAGGUACCGUCUUUCAUGUAGGACCCCGUGGUGGUCCAAUCUAUGCGGCCACCCCAGUGAAACAGGAGGACCAGCACCAGCAGCAGCUUCAGGCCUUCUGGACCGACCGGCUGGAUGAGAUCGAGCACAUGAGCGACUUUAAGAUCCACAGCCUUCCCCUUGCGAGGAUCAAGAAGAUCAUGAAGGCUAGCGGGGAGAAUGUCCACAUGAUCGCGGGGGAGGCGCCUGGGGUCCUACCUAAGGCGUGUGAGAUCUUCAUCCAGGAGCUGACGCUGAGAUCAUGGCUCCAAACCAGAGAAAAAAAUAGGAGGACGCUGUAA